UUCACAGUAGACCAGAUCCAAGCAAUCAUGGACAAGAAGUCCAAUAUUAGGAAUAUGUCUGUGAUUGCUCGUGUUGAUCAUGGCAAGUCAACCUUGACAGACUCCUUGGUGUGUAAAGCGGGCAUCAUUGCUUCAGCCAGAGCAGGAGAAACGCGAUUCACAGACACACGGCAAGAUGAGCAAGAAAGAUGUAUCACAAUCAAGUCUACGGCAAUUUCUGUGUAUUAUGAACUCUCAGACAACGACUUGGCCUUCAUCAAACAGUGUAGGGAUGGUUCAGGUUUUCUUAUUAACUUAAUUGACUCCCCUGGACAUGUUGAUUUCUCCUCUGAAAUUACAGCAGCUCUCCGUGUCAGUGAUGGUGCCCUUGUUGUGGUUGACUGUGUUUCAGGGGUUUGUGUACAGACAGAGACUGUUCUGCGGCAGGCUAUUGUAGAACGUAUCAGACCAGUACUGAUGAUGAACAAAAUGGAUCGUGCUUUGCUGGAAUUGCAGCUGGAGCCUGAGGAACUUUACCAGACGUUUCAGUGUAUUGAGGAAAAUGUCAAUGUCGUCAUUUCCACCUACGGAGAGGGUGAAAUUGGACCAAUGGGUAAUAUUAUGAUUGAUCCAGUUAUCGGUACUGUUGGGUUUGGCUCUGGUCUGCAUGGCUGGGCAUUUACUCUGAAGCAGUUUGCUGAGAUGUAUGUAACCGAAUUUGCUGCCAAAGGUGAAAAAGCACAACUCCCCCCAGUUGAGCAUUCAAAGAAAGUGGAAGAUACGAUGAAAAAACUCUGGGCUGAUAAAUAUUUUGAUCCAGCAACUGGAAAAUUCAGCAAAUCAGCCACUAGCCCAGAUGGAAAGAAGUUGCCAAGGACAUUUUGCCAGCUAUUUCUGGAUCCUAUCUUUAAGAUCUUUGAUGCCAUUAUGAAUUUUAAGAAGGAAGAGGCAGCCAAACUGAUAGAGAAACUUGAUAUCAAGCUAGACGUUGAAGAUCAAGAUAAAGAGGGAAAACCCCUUCUUAAGGCCGUGAUGCGCCGCUGGCUGCUUGCUGGAGAUGCCUUGCUUCAGAUCAUCACUAUUCACGUACCUUCCCCUGUAACAACACAAAAAUACUGCUGUGAACUUCUUUAUGAGGGGCCACCUGAUGAUGAAGCUGCUAUGGGUGUCAAAAACUGUGAUCCCAAAGGCCCUCUGAUGAUGUAUAUUUCUAAAAUGGUCCCCACAUCUGAGAAGGGGCAUUUCUAUGCCUUUGGGCGAGUCUUCUCUGGUAUUGUUUCUACUGGACAGAAAGUUUGAAUCAUGGGACCAAACUUCACACCUGGCAAGAAAGAAGAUCUUUACCUAAAACCCAUUCAAAGAACCAUUUUGAUGAUGGGUCAUUACAUUGAGCCCAUUGAGGAUGUACCUUGUGGCAACGCUGUUGGUCUAGUUGGUGUUGACCAUUUUUUGGCGAAGACGGGUACCAUUACCACCUUUGAACAUGCCCACAACAUGAGAGUGAUGAAAUUUAGUGUUAGUCCAGUUGUAUGUGUUGCUGUUGAAGCAAAAAACCCUUCUGAUCUACCAAAACUAGUUGAAGGUCUAAAGCGUCUGGCCAAGUCUGAUCCUAUGGUUCAGUGUAUUAUUGAAGAGUCUGGUGAACACAUCAUUGCUGGAGCAGGGGAGCUGGAUCUAGAAAUUUGCCUUAAAGAUCUGGAGGAAGAUCAUGCUUGUAUUCCAGUUACGAAAUCAGACCCAGUUGUAUCUUACCGUGAGACAGUUGGUGAAGAGUCAAGCCAGGUGUGCUUAUCCAAAUCUCCCAACAAACACAGCAGGUUGUAUACGAAGGCUCGGCCCUUUCCGGAUGGCCUGGCAGAGGAUGUAGACAAAGGGGAAGUCAGUUCCUGUCAAGAACUGAAACAGUGUGCGCGUUACCUGGCCAAGAAAUACAAGUGGGAUGUGUCUGAGGCUCGUAAGAUUUGGUGCUUUGGACCUGAUGGUACCGGUCCAAAUAUCUUAGUUGACAUCAUGAAAGGUGUCCAGUUUCUAAAUGAAAUCAAAGACAGUGUUGUUGCGGGUUUCCAGUGGGCUACGAAAGAGGGUGUCUUGUGUGAGGAGAACGUGAGAGGUGUUCUUUUUGAUAUCCAUGAUGUCACUCUGCACGCUGAUGCUAUUUACCGCGGUGGUGGGCAAAUCAUUCCUAUUGCAAGGAGGGUUCUGUAUGACUCUACUCUUACGGCACAACCCAGGCUUAUGGAGCCCGUCUAUCUGGUAGAAAUACAGUGCCCAGAACAAGUGGUUGGUGGGAUCUAUGGUGUACUGAACAGGAAAAGGGGACACGUUUUUGGAGAAUCCCAAGUGGCAGGAACUCCAGUGUUUGUGGUCAAGGCGUAUCUACCUGUAAAUGAGUCAUUUGGUUUUACCGCUGACUUGAGAGCCAACACUGGUGGCCAGGCUUUUCCGCAGUGUGUCUUUGAUCACUGGCAGAUUUUGCCUGAAGAUCCAUAUGAUGCAAAUUCUCGUCCUUGGUAAGUUGUGGCUGAAACACGUAAACGCAAAGGCUUGAAGGGAGGGGAGGGUAUUCCACCUCUGGAUAACUUCCUAGAUAAGUUAUAA